AUGGCUCCCAAGGCAAUGAAGAUCAAGCGCGCGCUCAAGACUGCUGCGCGCUUUCCCGUGCGCGGUGCCGGCACUCUUGUCGGUGGAGGCCGUGGGAGUGGGCGCAAUACCCUUUCGCCCAUCUCAGGAGAGGACUCUAUUGUGAUCCUGAGGCUGCAGAUUUUCGGCUGCAAGGACAUGCUGGCCAAGGAUAAGAAUGGAGCUAGUGAUCCCUUCAUUGUCGUGUCUAUGUUGAACUCGCGAUUCCAGACUCCCGUGGCAAAGAAGACACUUCAGCCAAUAUAUGCGCCCAAGGAUGCAACUUUUGACUUCCCCAUCUAUCUCUCACUGGCCGACAGGUUGGGGGUCUUGGAAUUGGUGGCAUGGGAUAAGGACAUGUUGAUGAAGAAGGACUACAUGGGCGAAGUGGCAUUGCCCUUGGAGGACUGGUUCUCGAAUGGGAGGACGUACGGCUUUGACGAGCCAGGUAACAAGGCGUUCUCAUUAAACCUUGUUUCGACAAGAGAUGGAAUGAAAGCCGCCGGGUCCGUGCAAGUUAAACUUGGCUUCGUCUCGCCACCCAAAACACAGAACCUUCUUGAGUUUGACGAGAUCUUCUCAGAACUCAUCAGACGAUCUCGGCCUUCUUUGGUUUCUGCACCACCAACGGAAGGUGUUGGUACCGUGCGCUCCCACGCCGGCGUGGCUGACUAUGAAGAUGACGGUGGUAUCUCAUCGGAUUCUGACUCUGACUUUUCUGACGAUGAGGAGUUUGCCGAUGCUCUAGACGACAGUGAUCCCGUCCUAACGCCCACACCCAAUACCGCGCCUACAACCCCAGCAACUAGCUUCUCCACAGGUCCCACCUCGCCUUUUACCCCUACCAAUACACCUGCAUCUCAAGAGGCCGAAACUCGCCCCCUCCCUCCUCGGCUUGAUUUGACGCCGGCUACACCUGUUGGAUCGCCUAAAAGGUUUCCUUCACCAAAGAUUGCGACGCCUUCUCCCAGCUUCAUGAGAAUGAAAUUUUCACGACGAUCGACCUCGACGUCAAACCCUACCAGCGAAACUUCUGAUACGGGGACGCCUCCAGGGACACCAGGUACAGGUUUGGAGAAGGAGAAAAAGAAGCGCUUCAAAAGAAAUUGGGGCACAAGUUCUAGCAGCGCGCCGGGUACAAGCAGUGGUAGUGGUAACGAAGGCCCUGGUGGACGGAUGAAACGAAAGAAGCAGCCAUAUAGCUUCAGCGGUCGAAAUGACAUCGUGGGAAUCGUUAUGUUGGAGAUCAAGUCUGCCCAAGAUCUGCCAAAAUUGAAAAACAUCACCCGUACGGGGUGGGACAUGGACCCCUUUGUCGUCAUUUCAUUUGGCAAGAAAGUUUUUCGGACUCGUAUUAUUCGUCACUCUCUCAGCCCUGUUUGGGAUGAGAAGUUGCUCUUCCAUGUUAGGCGAUACGAGACAACUUUUAAAGUCCAGCUCACUAUCUUGGAUUGGGACAAACUUUCUUCCAAUGAUCACAUUGGAGAUGCCAGUUUCGACCUCAAGGAUUUGUUGGAUAACGUACCUCAGGCCGAUGAAGAGACUGGGCUAUACCCUUUUACUGACGAGGAUCAAGCGAUGACAGACUUCAAGCUGCCUUUGACGACUGGAAAAGAUAUGCCUUGGGAAGCCAAACAUGCCCCAGUUAUAUCUCUUCGCGCCAUGUACCAGCCAUAUGCCGCUCUUCGUCAACGUUUCUGGCGACAGUUCCUCAAGCAAUACGAUACUGAUGACACGGGAUCGCUAUCUCACAUUGAGAUUAUCUCGAUGCUGGAUUCUCUCGGUUCGACUCUUACACGCUUGACCGUCAAUUCGUUUUGGACUCGUUUCAACAAGAACUCUCAUACGGAUGAGUUAACCAUUGCCGAAGCCAUCCAGUGUUUGGAAGCGGAAUUAGGUCGACCUGAUAGUGAAAAGAAGAGGUUGGACACAGAUGACGCCCUUCUUGACAGCAGCGUUAGUGCAACGCCCAUGAUCAUGAUAUCGGAUAGGGAAGGUAAUGAACUACCACUGGACCGUCUUGACUUUUCAGGGCCCCCAGUGAGCAUGUCAAUGGUUCCGGAAACUAGCGAUGCGGUCGGUGGUGCGGAAAUGAAUGCACAGCCAGUUGCUUCAGGGUCAUACACGACUGAACCUGCGCAACAAAGUCUUAUGCAGGCUACGCCUGCGGGUGAAAGCGCCGACCCUAUCGUCGGAAUGGCUAUACAGGGCUCUUAUUCAUCUUCUGAACCUGAAGACGAGUCUUCCGGCACCGGGUCUCCAGAACCGGAGACCGUUCCAGCUACGAAGAGAUCCAAAUUCAGGAGAGCGACGGAAUCCAAAGCAAAGGCUGGGUCUACAUUGUCCGCCUCUAGCUCCUCAGGCUCCGAAACAUCGCUCGAACGUGUCAUCAAUGUCAAGAAUUGCCCAUUGUGCCACCGUCCCAGGCUCAAUUCGAAGGCGGAAGUUGACAUCAUUACCCACCUCGCCGUCUGCGCCAGCCAGGAUUGGAACAAAGUUGAUCGCAUUGUCGUCGGCAACUUCGUAACUGCCAGCCAGGCUCAGCGGAAAUGGUACACUAAGAUCAUCGGCAAGAUUUCGAGUGGUGACUACAAGCUCGGCGCUAACUCCGCCAAUAUCAUUGUUCAAAACAGGAUGACGGGUCAGUUAGAAGAGGAGAAGAUGCAAGUAUACGUAAGGCUAGGCAUUCGAUUGUUAUACAAGGGGGCCAAAGGUCGAAUGGAAGGAAACGGAGCACGUCGUCUAUUAAAAUCCUUAUCGAUCAAACAAGGAAUCAAGUACGACGCGCCUGAAUCUGCCCGCGACAUUCCUACUUUCAUUGAAUUCCAUGGACUCAAGGUGGAUGAGAUUCUGGAUUCCCUGGAUUCUUUCAAAUCCUUCAACGAAUUUUUCUACAGGAAAUUGAAACCUUCUGCAAGGCCUAUCGAGAAACCUAAUGACCCUUAUCGGCUUGUCAGUGCAGCCGACUGUCGUUUCAUGGCGUUUGAAACCGUCAGCGAAGCGACUCGUCUGUGGAUCAAAGGUCGUGAAUUCACUGUUUCUCGACUAUUGGGCGACGCGUAUAAGGACCAAGCCGAUCGAUACAAUGGUGGUGCUUUGGCUAUAUUCCGACUAGCGCCUCAGGACUAUCACCGAUUCCACUCACCUGUUGAGGGUACGAUUGGACCCAUGAAGUACAUUCCCGGCGAAUACUAUACAGUCAAUCCUCAAGCGAUCAGAACGGCUCUGGACGUUUACGGAGAAAAUGCGCGUAAGAUCGUUCCCAUCGAUAGCCCUCAUUUCGGGCGUGUGAUGGCUGUUUGUGUUGGUGCUAUGAUGGUUGGCACUAUCAGGACAACUGUGAACGAAGGUGAUUAUGUUCAACGGGGCCAAGAAUUUGGGUAUUUUGCUUUCGGUGGAUCAACGAUUGUUGUACUAUUUGAAAAGGGUACAGUGGAAUGGGAUGAAGAUCUGUUAAUUAACGGUCGUGCCGCCCUUGAAACUCUUGUCCGUGUUGGGAUGGGCAUCGGCACAGGUGUCAAGAGGGGAUAG